CAGCGUCAGGAUGCUCUGAGGGGCGGAUUUCGGAAGCGGACCUGAGGAUUAGACGGAGGAGCAACGGGGCGGGAGAGCGGGGGCUGCUCUGCGUCCCUUCGCGGGGGAGAACCAUGGGCUGCAGCCUACCCGCUUCCGAGGCGGCACUUCAGCACUUCCAGCCCGUGGCCAGGCACCCAGCCUCCUUAACCCUGCUCUGCCCAUCUCCGCCGCCUUCCUCCCGGGGCUCCGCGCGUUAGCAUGGCUGCCCUCUUUUCUCCAGGCUCCGGUGCAGGGAGGGCUCCUCUCCGAGGCUGAGCUUGGAAGGGUCCUCCGCCCGCCUCCCUCCCCCCGCACCGCGGGGUCCUGGAUGCCUCCCUGCCUCUCCCCUACUCGGCUGAGGGGCCUGAGGAUUUGACCCGCUCUACCUUGCGGGGGAGGCUUGUUCUAACGGGGCUCCUCCAGGCAUUAUGGCUCACGCGGCGUCGCAGCUCAAGAAGAACCGCGACCUAGAACUUAACCCCGAGGAGGAGAAUGAGAAGAAGAGGAAGCACAGGAAGAGGUCCAAGGAUCGGAAGAAGAAGACUGACACCAAUGCAAGCUACCUACGAGCAGCCCGAGCAGGCAACUUGGAAAAAGCUCUUGACUACUUAAAGAAUGGAGUGGACAUCAACAUCUGUAAUCAGAAUGGGCUGAACGCUCUCCAUCUCGCUUCCAAAGAAGGCCACAUAGAAGUCGUGUCAGAGCUGAUCCAGAGAGGUGCCAAUGUGGAUGCAGCAACCAAGAAAGGAAACACAGCUUUACACAUUGCAUCCUUGGCUGGGCAGACCGAGGUGGUGAAGGUGCUGGUUACGAAUGGGGCCAACGUCAAUGCACAGUCGCAGAAUGGCUUCACACCACUGUACAUGGCAGCCCAAGAAAAUCACUUGGAAGUGGUUAAGUUUCUUCUUGAUCAUGGAGCUAGUCAGAGCCUCGCCACUGAGGAUGGCUUCACUCCAUUGGCCGUGGCCCUCCAGCAGGGUCAUGACCAAGUGGUCUCCUUGUUGCUCGAAAAUGACACGAAGGGCAAAGUGCGGCUCCCUGCGCUCCACAUCGCUGCACGCAAGGAUGAUACCAAGGCGGCUGCUUUGCUACUGCAGAAUGAUCACAAUGCUGAUGUGGAGUCCAAGAUGAUGGUGAAUAGAACAACCGAGAGUGGCUUCACCCCUCUACACAUAGCUGCUCACUACGGGAACAUCAACGUAGCUACGCUUCUAUUAAACCGUGGGGCAGCGGUGGACUUUACUGCGAGGAAUGACAUCACUCCCCUCCAUGUCGCAUCCAAACGAGGGAACACCAACAUGGUAAAGCUGCUACUUGACAGAGGAGCCAAAAUUGAUGCCAAAACAAGGUCGGGUUUGACUCCGAUCCAUGUGGCUGCCUUCAUGGGACAUGUAAAUAUUGUUUCACAGCUGAUGCACCAUGGAGCUUCUCCCAACUCAACCAAUGUGAGGGGUGAGACAGCCCUGCAUAUGGCCGCCAGAGCUGGCCAGUCAGAAGUGGUUCGGUCCUUAGUUCAAAAUGGAGCUCAGGUGGAAGCAAAAGCCAAGGAUGACCAAACACCACUGCACAUUUCGGCGCGUCUGGGCAAAGCCGAUAUAGUCCAGCAGCUGUUACAGCAAGGAGCCUCCGCAAAUGCUGCCACAACGUCUGGCUAUACCCCAUUGCACCUUUCAGCACGAGAAGGACACGAAGAUGUGGCAUCCAUCCUUUUGGACCACGGGGCAUCCUUGAGUAUCAUUACCAAGAAAGGAUUUACCCCUCUACAUGUGGCAGCCAAAUAUGGCAAAAUAGAAGUUGCUAACCUCCUACUUCAGAAAAACGCUUCUCCAGAUGCGGCUGGAAAGAGUGGUUUAACUCCACUGCAUGUUGCGGCACAUUACGAUAAUCAGAAAGUGGCACUUCUCCUUUUGGACCAAGGAGCUUCUCCUCACGCCUCUGCAAAGAACGGUUACACUCCGCUGCAUAUUGCUGCCAAGAAGAACCAGAUGGACAUCGCAACCACACUGCUGGAAUACGGUGCUGAUGCCAAUGCUGUGACCAGACAAGGCAUUGCUCCUGUGCAUCUGGCUUCCCAAGAGGGUCACAUGGACAUGGUCUCCUUGCUUCUCACCAGAAACGCCAAUGUGAAUCUCAGCAACAAGAGUGGUCUUACCCCACUGCACUUGGCAGCCCAGGAGGACAGAAUCAACGUGGCGGAGGUGCUGGUCAACCAAGGAGCUGUGGUGGAUGCACCCACGAAGAUGGGCUACACUCCAUUGCACGUUGGGUGCCACUAUGGAAACAUAAAGAUAGUUAAUUUCCUCCUGCAGCAAUUUGCAAAAGUGAAUGCCAAAACCAAGAACGGCUACACCCCCCUGCACCAAGCCGCUCAGCAAGGACACACCCACAUCAUCAACGUCCUGCUGCAGAAUGGUGCAUCCCCCAACGAGCUCACUGUGAAUGGGAACACCGCCCUGGCCAUUGCCAAACGACUGGGCUACAUUUCUGUCGUCGACACGCUGAAAAUAGUGACGGAAGAGACAAUGACGACAAUUACCGUCACAGAAAAACAUAAAAUGAACGUUCCAGAGACUAUGAAUGAAGUUUUAGACAUGUCGGAUGAUGAAGGUGAAGAUGCAAUGACGGGUGACACGGACAAGUAUCUCGGGCCGCAGGAUCUCAAAGAAUUGGGGGAUGAUUCUCUGCCUGCCGAAGGAUACGUGGGCUUCAGUCUGGGAGCCCGGUCUGCCAGUUCGGAUAGGUCCUACACCUUGAACAGAAGCUCUUACACCCGGGACAGCGUGAUGAUAGAAGAACUUCUGGUGCCACCAAAAGACACGUUUUCUGGUCAGCUUUAUGGUGGAUGCCCGGGGAGGCUCCAUGCGUGGCAGCCGCCACCACGGCAUGAGGAUCAUCAUCCCACCACGCAAGUGCACGGCUCCCACCCGCAUCACUUGCCGCUUGGUGAAGAGAGCCAAGCUGGCGAGCCCGCCACCCAUGGUGGAAGGAGAAGGAUUGGCCAGCCGGCUGAUUGAGAUGGGGCCUUCUGGGGCACAGUUCCUGGGUCCAGUGGUGGUAGAAAUCCCCCAUUUCGGAUCUAUGCGAGGAAAGGAACGAGAGCUGAUCGUGCUGCGGAGUGAAAAUGGGGAAACCUGGAAGGAGCAUCAGUACGAUAGCAAGCACGAGAACCUCCUAGAGAUCCUGAAUGGCAUGAAUGAAGAGCUGGACAGUGUCGAAGAGCUGGAGAAGAAGCGGAUCUGCAGAAUCGUCACCAAGGACUUCCCUCAGUAUUUUGCGGUGGUUUCGCGAAUUAAGCAAGAGAGCAACCAGAUUGGGCCGGAAGGAGGCAUUCUAAGCAGCACCACUCUGCCUCGGGUCCAAGCUGCAUUCCCUGAAGGCGCAUUGACAAAAAGAAUUCGAGUGGGCCUCCAGGCUCAACCAGUGCAGGACGAAAUGGUUAAGAAGAUCCUUGGCAACAAAGCCACCUUCAGCCCCAUUGUCACAGUGGAGCCCAGAAGAAGGAAAUUUCAUAAGCCCAUCACAAUGACAAUUCCGGUGCCACCACCCUCUGGGGAAGGAGUGACCAAUGGGUACAAAGGCGACACCACACCCAGCCUUCGACUGCUGUGUAGCAUCACAGGAGGCACUUCACCAGCACAGUGGGAAGACAUCACAGGAACCACCCCUCUCACGUUUGUGAAUGAUUGUGUCUCCUUCACAACCAAUGUUUCAGCCAGAUUUUGGUUAGCAGAUUGCCAUCAAGUUCUUGAAACGGUUGGGUUGGCCACACAGCUAUAUAGGGAAUUGAUCUGUGUCCCUUACAUGGCCAAAUUUGUCAUUUUUGCCAAAACCAACGAUGCUGUGGAAUCCAAUUUGCGCUGCUUCUGUAUGACCGACGAUAAAGUUGACAAAACGCUGGAGCAGCAGGAGAAUUUUGAAGAAGUUGCAAGAAGCAAAGAUAUUGAGGUUUUGGAAGGAAAACCCAUUUAUGUGGAUUGUUAUGGAAAUCUAGCUCCUUUAACCAAAGGGGGACAGCAGCUUGUAUUUAAUUUUUAUGCUUUCAAAGAAAAUAGACUGCCAUUUUCUAUUAAGAUCCGAGACACCAGCCAAGAGCCUUGUGGCCGCUUAUCCUUUCUGAAAGAGCCAAAGACCACCAAGGGUCUGCCCCAGACGGCCGUUUGCAACUUGAAUAUCACUCUGCCAGCACACAAAAAGGUACAGCCCACGGGGCAGCUUAAUAUCCCUGGCAGCAGCAUUAAAGAGUUAGUAUGUGCUGCAAAGAGGAAUGACUGUCUUGCCCUCGGAUUAAGCUGGCCUCUCUAUGUAUUAACUGUUUUUGUGUAUGCAGAAAGUAAAAGUGUGGAAAACAUCCCAAGUUUGAAAUGUCCUGCGCCAAGCGAUUCUGAGCUCAAAAACUUUGGACUUGGAGUAUUUUGCACCCUUUAAGCAGAAAGCAUUUUAAAAAUUCCCAGUUGCCCAUAGUUUGUUGUUUUUAAGGCUGGGAAAUUUUGUUCACAGAUCCUGCUUCUGCUUAGAGUCGCUAGACUUUCUGCUCUUAGUAAUUGUCAUGUAUUGAUUUGCAUUUGAUGUAUAGUUUUGUUUGUUAACCUUUUUUUUUCCGUUGACAUUUGUUUGCUUUGUCUAUGAUGAAUUAGCUUGCAUUUUUGUGCUCCCUUACUCGGCCUUUUACAUAUCCUGAUAUUCUUUUCCCUGCUGUCUGUUAUAAUAUUCCUUGUCUCCGCAAUUCAUCUUGGGACCCAAAGGAAACAGAAUCAGAUCAAGAUGAUGAGGUAAUACAAAACACUUUUUAUUUUACCUUUAUUGUAAUCAAGAGCUUAUAUUCAAAUUUCUGUCAU